AUCUCGUCCCUCAAGAUGGCUGACGUGGAUUCAGAGGUGCCUCCACUUCCUCCUCGCUACCGCUUCAGAGAUUUGCUGCUGGGAGACCAGACGUUUCAGAAUGAAGACAGGGUGCAGGUAGAGUUCUACGUGAAUGAAAACACCUUCAAGGAGCGGCUGAAGCUUUUCUUCAUCAAAAACCAAAGGUCAAGUUUGAGGAUUCGUUUGUUCAACUUCGCUCUGAAGAUUCUCACCUGUGUCCUCUACAUAGUCAGAGUCAGCCUGGACAGCCCCAGAGAGACCAACAGUAACCCAUGGGCUCGAAUUUUCUGGGUGACUAGAUGCGAGUCUGUGUGGGCAGUACAGGUGACAGUGGCCUUAAUCAGUUUCUUGGAGACUAUGCUGAUCACAUAUCUCAGCUACAAGGGGAACAUUUGGGAGCAGAUCUUCCAGAUGUCCUUCAUAUUGGAGAUGAUCAAUACAGUGCCAUUUAUAGUCACAAUCUUUUGGUGUCCAUUAAGAAACAUAUUUGUUCCCGUAUUUCUUAAUUGCUGGCUCGCCAAAGGUGCUCUGGAGAACAUGAUUAAUGAUUUUCACCGUGCCAUCCAGAGGACCCACUCCGCCAUGUUCAACCAAGUGUUCAUCCUCAUCUGCACAUUACUGUGUCUGGUUUUCACAGGAGCUUGUGGGAUUCAGCAUCUAGAGCGAGCCGGGAAGAACUUGUCCUUGUUUGACUCGUUUUAUUUCUGCAUCGUCACUUUCUCCACGGUGGGCUACGGAGACGUUACACCGAAGAUCUGGCCCUCCCAGCUCCUGGUGGUCAUUCUCAUCUGCGUUGCACUCGUAGUCCUCCCACUACAGUUUGAAGAGCUAGCGUACCUGUGGAUGGAGAGCCAGAAGCUGGGAGGGAACUACAGCCGCCACCGAGCGCAGACUGAAAAACACGUGGUGUUGUGCGUCAGCUCGCUCAAGAUCGACCUGCUGAUGGAUUUCCUCAAUGAGUUCUACGCCCAUCCAAGGCUGCAGGACUAUUAUGUGGUGAUUCUGUGCCCGACAGAAAUAGACAUUCAGGUUCGGCGUAUCCUGCAGAUCCCUCUGUGGUCCCAGAGGGUCAUCUACCUGCAGGGAUCUGCCCUCAAAGACCAGGACCUGAUGAGGGCCAAGAUGGACGACGCUGAGGCGUGCUUCAUCCUGAGCAGCAGGAAUGAAGUUGACCGAACUGCUGCUGAUCACCAGACUAUUUUGAGGGCAUGGGCGGCGAAGGACUUUGCUCCAAACUGCCCGCUUUACGUCCAAAUCCUCAAACCAGAAAAUAAAUUCCAUGUAAAGUUUGCUGAUCACGUCGUGUGUGAGGAGGAGUUCAAGUACGCCAUGUUGGCUCUGAACUGCGUGUGUCCCGCCACGUCCACGUUAGUGACUCUCUUGGUUCACACCUCCAGAGGACAGGAAGGACAGAUGUCACCCGAGCAGUGGCAGAAGAUGUAUGGACGCUGCUCUGGAAACGAGGUCUACCACAUCCGCUUAUGUGACAGCAAGUUCUUUGGGGAGUACGACGGAAAGAGCUUCACUUACGCCUCCUUCCAUGCCCACAAGAAGUACGGAGUGUGUUUGAUUGGUGUGAAGAGAGAAGACAACAAGAGCAUCCUCUUGAAUCCUGGACCGCGUCACAUCAUGGCUUCUAACGAUACCUGCUACUACAUCAACAUCACCAAGGAGGAGAACUCAGCCUUCAUCUUCAAAGAGGAGGAGAAGCACAGCAAGGGUCUGUCCGUGACCGGCCUAUACGACGCCCCCUCCAGGCUGCCCGUGCACAGCAUCAUCGCCAGCAUGGGCACCGUAGCUAUAGAUCUGCAGCACGCUGAUCCUCCUGAGGAAAGUGGAAAACUGGCCUUACCGACGGAGACCAGCGCUGGGAGCCGCAGACCGAGCAUCGCACCCGUCCUGGAAAUUGCUGACUCCUCUGUCAUUUUGCCCUGCGACCUCCUCAGCGACCAAUCAGAGGACGAGACCAACCAAUCAGAUGAGGAAGGCUCUGUGGGGUCCGAUUUUGUGAAGGGCUACCCCCCAAACUCGCCCUACAUCGGCAGCUCUCCAACUCUUUGCCACCUCCUACCGCAGAAAGCUCCGUUCUGCUGCCUUCGCCUCGAUAAGGGCUGCACACACAACAGCUUCGAGGACGCUAAAGCGUACGGCUUCAAAAAUAAGCUGAUUAUCGUGUCUGCGGAGACUGCAGGAAAUGGUCUCUACAACUUCAUAGUCCCUCUGCGAGCUUAUUAUCGUCCCAGAAAGGAGCUCAACCCCAUAGUGCUGCUACUGGACUACCCACCAGACAACCACUUCUUAGAGGCCAUUUGCUGCUUUCCUAUGGUUUACUUCAUGGCUGGAACCAUUGAUAACUUGGACAACCUGCUCCAGUGUGGCAUCAUCUAUGCUGACAACUUGGUGGUUGUGGACAAGGAGAGCACCAUGAGUGCUGAGGAGGACUACAUGGCAGACGCCAAGACUAUCGUCAACGUCCAAACAAUGUUCAGAUUGUUCCCCAGUCUCAGCAUCAUCACGGAGCUCACGCACCCGUCCAACAUGAGGUUCAUGCAGUUCAGAGCAAAGGACUGCUACUCGCUCGCUCUGUCCAAACUGGAGAAGAUAGAGCGUGAUAAGGGCUCCAACCUGGCCUUCAUGUUCCGGCUGCCGUUUGCUGCAGGCAGGGUGUUCAGUAUCAGCAUGCUCGACACGCUGCUUUACCAGUCAUUUGUGAAGGACUACAUGAUCGCCAUUACACGACUUCUUCUUGGUCUGGACACCACUCCUGGCUCUGGUUACCUGUGUGUUAUAAAAAUCACGGAGGAGGACUUGUGGAUCAGGACGUACGGCAGACUCUUCCAGAAGUUUUGUUCUUCCAGUGCAGAGAUCCCCAUCGGUAUCUACCGGACCGAGUCACACAUGUUCACUGCGUCCGAGUCUCGAGCAUCCAUCAAUGCGGACCAGGGCGAGGAACACCGCGACCGUGGAGAGAAGACAUCGCACAGAAACUCCGCCAUGAGCGACCAAUCGGAGCACCCGCUGCUGAGGAAAAAGAGCAUGCAGUGGGCACGGAGGCUGAGCAGGAAGACCAACAAACCUACGAGCAAAGUGGAGGGCUUUUCACAGCAGAGACUCAAUCUGUAUCGCCGCUCAGAGCGGCAGGAGCUUUCUGAGCUGGUCAAGAACCGCAUGAAGCACCUGGGCCUGCCCACUGUGGGAUACGACGAGAUGAACGACCACCAGAACACGCUGUCCUAUGUCCUCAUCAAUCCUCCGCCCGACACCAUGCUUGAGCUCAACGACAUCGUGUACAUUAUUCGCUCUGACCCACUUGCACACAUGCCAGAGGACUCGCAGACGGGACAGGCUCGCAGCAGGAACCAGAAGGACUUUGUGACAGAGUCAAAAGAUGAAACCCACCUUUGA